AAGUGAUUCUCCUCUGUCGCCAGCUGUUUUUUUUCUUUUUAAAAAUGGCAACCGACAAAGGCUAUGGGUUUACGUGUGUAAACUUGAUUUUUAUGUUAUUUGUUAUGGGAAACCAUUGUCGGCUGCAUCAUCUCGUACUUAAGGAUGAUGUCCGUCAAAGAGUUCAUCUCAACACCUUCGGUUUUUAUAAAAACGGUUACAUGAGCGUGGAGAUGAACCGUUUCAGUAUGACUGCGAACACCGAGGACAUUGACAGCUCCACGAUCGGUUUCAGCUUGGAUCGCACAAGUAGUAAUGGCUUUUCUACUUAUCUAGAUGAUGGCCUGGACUACUGUGUUCUUAAAAAGGUCCCCAGCAGUGAUUCUGCAGUGGUGCUUCUCUUGCUGGACUUCAAAAAAAACAUAGUGAGGAUGAAGACAUCUGCCGAGGAGGGAUCGUUUCCCCGCAUCAUUCCAUUUGUGCCAGAGGCUGAGGUGGAUGACCCUGAUGGGCGGAAAGAACAACAGCCUGCUGCUAAGGCCAAGCGGGAGGCAAAUGAGAACAAAGCAGAUGUCACAUACCCACUGCAGCACCAGGACAAUAGCUACUCUUUUCAAUUUUACUUCAACGUGACAACGGACAAACAGCAAGGUCUCUACAACUUCUACUUCCACAACUGCCACUCGUCCACGUCUGCAACAGCCGACGCCUCCACGCUUGCCACGCUCAGCUUCAACCUCGACAUCAGCAUACAGGAGAAGAAUCCAGCCAGCUACCUGUCUGCUGGGGAGAUUCCUCUCCCUAAACUAUACAUCUGCAUGUCUGUCUUCUUCUUCCUGAUCGGUACACUCUGGGUCCACGUUCUGCGCACCCGCAGUGCCGAUGUGUACAAAAUCCACUGGCUUAUGGCAGCGCUCCCUUUCACUAAGUCGAUCUCCCUCGUUUUCCAUGCAAUUGACUACUACUACAUCUCUAAUCAGGGCUUUCCUAUCGAGGGCUGGGCUGUGGUCUACUACAUCACACACCUGCUGAAGGGGGCACUGUUGUUCAUUACCAUCGCUUUGAUAGGGACUGGCUGGGCCUUCGUCAAGCACAUCCUCUCAGACAAAGACAAGAAGAUCUUCAUGAUCGUCAUCCCCCUCCAGGUGCUGGCGAACGUGGCGUACAUCAUCAUUGAGUCCACGGAGGAAGGCUCCAGUGAGUACGGCCUGUGGAUGGAAGUCCUCUUCCUGGUGGACCUGCUUUGCUGUGGGGCCAUCCUCUUCCCUGUGGUCUGGUCCAUCAGGCACUUGCAAGAGGCAUCAGCAACUGAUGGCAAAGCUGCCAUCAAUCUUGCACAGCUGAAGCUUUUCAGGCACUACUAUGUGAUGAUUGUGUGCUACAUCUAUUUCACGCGCAUCAUUGCCAUCCUCAUCAAGGUCAUCGUCCCCUUCCAGUGGAAAUGGCUGUAUCAGCUGCUGGACGAGCUCGCCACCCUGACCUUCUUCAUCCUCACGGGCCUCAAGUUCCGGCCAGCCUCCCACAACCCCUACCUGCUGCUCUCCGUCGAGGACGAGGAGGACCUGGAGAUGGACGACGUGGUGACUACGUCCACAGCCAUGGGGGAAGGCGUGAAGAAAGUGAAGAAGGUGACCAAUGGGCCAUCAGAGGAGCGGGAGAGCAUGGCUUAAUUGGAAACAGUAGUUCCCUGAGCUUGGGCUGCCUCUGGGCUUGUGUGGCUAGCUACUGAUGUAGCGAAGCAUUGUUUUAACCCAGCUUCACCGCGGCCUCCAUGCAACCCGGUUUGUGGCAGGUGGCCUUGGAGCUCCUGUUGGACCUACCACGUUGGUCUCGUUCCAAGACUCUGUGGCCCUAGAGCUGUAUGUAUAUCUCUGUAAACAUUACACAGACCAUAUUAGGGCCGACACACCUCUCAGCGAUUAGCCCCACCCCCUUCGCUGUAGUUCGGAUGGAGAUCCUCAGUGCUACGCUUUGUUCUUGCUUAACACAGAUGGUUUUGCUUUGCUUUUGUUUGUAUGUUUGUUUUUAUUUAUUUUUUAUUUAUUUUUUUUUUUAAAUUAAUGACCUACCUAUGGCAUCUCUUGAUCUCUGAGACACUCCGGCACUUUAGCCAUCACACAAACACAGGUCACUGUGGGGGCAGCCUCAUGUUUCCGUUUCAACCAAGCUGAUUUUGGUCACUAGCCACUAAAAAAUGGCAUAAAAGCAAUUUUAUUUCUUGUAUGAAAUUGUAUUUCUUGUAUAAAUGUACAGAUCUGAGGCAAGUGUACAGGCACAUUAUUCCAAGACUAAAGAAGAAACCACAACAUGGGCGGUUCCAAAGCAUCGUCAUGGUUUCAGUGACUGUUCUUUUCCAUUUCUUCAUUACUUGCAGUUUAAUAAUGGGUUUUAUUGGAUGGCUCUAAACAUUUCCGAAGUGGAGAGAAGCAUGAUUGCCAGGCCUGUACUGUAUAUUUCUAUGGUCUCAGCCUUUUCAGUAAUAUUAACUUGAUUUGAGGGAUCUUCAUCAUUGUGUGUUUCUGAAGAUAUUUUUCGGUACUCAUAUAGGGGUUUAAGUUUAUUGCUUUAGGUAUUUUGUUAAUUUACAAAACUCUGUGGUCAAGCUAGAUUAAUUGAAGACCUUUUCGCAAUAUUAAAAUGUGCAAUGGUUUGAUUCCUGCUGAUUUCAUGUCUGCUUAUUAAAAAUAUAUUAUUUUUCGGUCAAAGUUGUUUGUCAGGCUCAUACUGAGUAGAUGCCAGAGACAAAGCUCGAAUUACAGGAGUCUUGCUGUGAAUGUUCCAACAUAUGGAGGAGUUGAAGGGAACAUCAUUAUAUCCAUUUUCAUGCCAGUGUAAACAUCCUAAAUUGGUCUUGUCAGAAAGAGUCCUAAUGAUUCAAGUGGGUGAUUUUUCUUCCAUAUGGGCUCAAGACGUUUUUCUUUUUGUACUAUGAGCAAAGGCCCUGAAAAAAAAUGUCUUUGCUUGUGUUUACAGGGAAUUUCAACAUUUAUCCUUGACAUAAUGAGACAAAAAAGCAAUAAGUUUGCCACUUCACCAUCAUGUUAGUUAAUGCUGAGCUAAUGCUUAGAUACUGAUUUAUUACAGUUGCAAUGAGAGAUUUCUAACACCGUUUUGUUUAGGAGAUGUCGGGUGUAAUGCAACUUAUUACUGAAGUUUACAAGUAGUAGAUGCUUCAUUAAAAAUAUUUCAUUUUGCCAACUGUUUGAGGAUUUGACAUGCUGGUUGACCUAACUAGACUGGUUGACAUGACUGCAAAUGUGGUUCUUGGGUCUUAGCAUCAAGAGUUCUGUGAACAGUCUGCCUCAUUAUUGUGCUUUAGAAAAAUUCUUCCAACUUCUCAUUUCUGAAUCUCUUGUUCUGCAGUCACUGAUCAUAGCUUCUCAAAGUCUUCAAAUUGUUUUAUUGGCUUGAUUAUGAAUCUAAUCUGAAGUUUAAACUGGAUUUUGAAAUAUUUGUCUUUUGUUCGGAUAAUCGGUAUUUGAAGGAUUAAAGUAAUACUUCAUUCACUUGUUAUCCUCUGGGUCAUUGUGUCCAGGAGCAUAUUACAUUGUUAAACAAUGUGUUUAUUUAAAAUUGCACCAAUUGAUGCUAACUCACUGUUUUGAUUGACUUCAACUUCUGCAUUAUGCAAGUUAUUCUAUUACAAUGCCUGUCUUCUGUUCAGGGCUCCUUAGCCUCUGUGCAUGGUCUUCAUUCCUUUUAAGACAGUCAGGGUGCAUAUAGCUUGAGAAAAGAUCAAAUUUACCUUAGAGUUAUUUUGUUGUUGUUGUUUACUCCCUAGCCAAAUAACAAUCUUUAGGCUGCACUAUCAGGCUUUAAAAGCAACCGCCGGUCCUAGUGUGUAUAGCUGUUGUUAGAAAUAAAUAUAAGUUUUGCAUUUAUCCAGAGCCAUUCUUUACAUUACAUUUGACCAUUGUCUUGCAUAGCCAAAAUUCAGGUACAAAGCACGUUAGCGUUACUAAUAUGUUUAAUUGACUAAGAAAAUCUGAACUAUGGUUGACGGGCUACUUUGAAAAUGUCAGUGAUCUGGUGCACUAUUCUGACGUUUUUAUUUUGUUGAAAGGUAAUGACGUGUUUAAGGUCACCGUUAACGUUUGGGAUGAAAUGUUCUACUCGUUGUUCAUGUCGCCUAGAGCGUUGAAGAUGAUUCUGGAUCAGACACAUUUUCUAUUAAUGUAUUAAUCAUACUUGGGCAACAAAUGCAAUGUUUGACUGCUCGUUUUGUUUGCAAAGUUAUUGAAAUUAGCCUACUGAAAUUAGUGUGCCCUUUAGUGAAUGUACGUUUUCAUUUUUUUUAAAUAUCCGUGAAUGGCGACUUUCACACACUGACACAGCAAACGAGCGAAAGCAACAGCGGGCAACAACUUUUUUUAAUCGCUCUCGAGUACCGAGUACUUACCGUCGCCGCUGGGGCUCAAACGUCCUUUACGAGCAUCUGAUGUUGAUCAAAUGUCAACGAGCAAACGAUGAAGCGCUGAACUUCCCAACGAGUGUGUCACCAGCGCUAAUCUCGCUGUGUUUAGCGCCGAACAGUUUCUCUGCUCUUGUGGUCCUUGUGGGAGACAGAUGGAGGCUUUAGUAGUGCAUUUUAAAAGCGACACUCAUAAGCGCAGCACUAAUAUGUGGGUUGUUAUCUCAGCAGAGAAGGCGACCGAGGACAGACCGCUCUAAAUGCCCAUGUUUACGACCCUGAUUAUAUUUUUCCUCCGCAUAUACAGUGGCCUGGUGUUAACUAUUAUCAGUGCGCUGAUGACCAGCAUGACAUUCAUCCUCAACUAUGUUUUCUGUUUGGGGAUGCAGACUAACUGGCUACACUGUCUUAACAUAUAAAAGGCAAACAUUUAUAGUGUGUAAAAUGAGCAAGACUUGUGCUUAACAAGCUAUGCACCCCAGAUGUGACUAUAUCAAAAUGAAAACUGUCUAAUCUAAUUUCGUAUAAUACAGUUAAUUCCUUAGACUUUCCACACAGAAAAAUCAUUACAUUAUUAAUAUUUUUUAAAUUACAUCCACAAUCUUUGUUUACUUUUUUGGUACUGAGUGACCUGGGAAUUAUUGCAUAUUCAGCAUUAAGUAGUUAAUUGUUCAGUCUUUCAGUCUUUUUUUCAAGCUUCAAGCUGUUGUUUUAACAUGUAUUACUAGCCAUGGUUUAUUGCUAUUUUAGGAGCAGACCAUGUAUCUGACGAUUUAGGGAUCUGAGAUUAGCCUAAUUUGUCUCUCUUUCCACAUCUGUCAUUUUGCUCUGCUGGGGAUGGCGGGGCCAUAUGGUAAUGCUGGCACUUGUAACAACCUUCUUAUCUUUGGGUGACUAAAGAUUAGUUGCAGCUACAAGCCAUGUUAGCUGUUUCUCUGGGUGGAGAAGGGGCCCUUGGAAACAUUUGCAGCCUCAAACCAGUGCAAGAUGCAGAUUUUUGUGUUUGCUAGCUGUUUCUUACUUGUGCUGUCUAUUU